CUGCUUACUGACCACAUAUGUUAAAGUCUAAACUUUUAAAGGAGGCAUAGUUUAUGUAGGUACCUUCGCAUGCCCUUCCUUUCUACUCUGGCCAGUAGUUCUUUUCAUGUCUUAUCGGAAAUUUUGAAUUAUGGAAGUCCCUACAGAAUCCGCUUAUAUUAUUGUCGGUGGCGGUCUUACCGGCUGUGCACUUGCAGGUCGCCUCGCAGAGCGUCUAGGUCCGUCUUCCUCCAUCCUUAUUCUCGAAGCUGGUGUUGAUUUUACCUCAAACCGAAACUCGACGAGUCUAGGAGGAGGGUUCACCCUUCCCGGGUCUGAACUCGACUGGGCUUAUAAGACAGCGCCUAAUCCUGCCCUCGACAACCGUGUUAUCACGCUUGUUGCAGGGAAAACUCUAGGUGGUGGAAGCGUGCUAAAUUAUGGCGGGUGGGCUCGCGGUGACAAAAGGGACUAUAAUGCUUGGGCUCGCAUUGUAGAUGAUAAUCGCGGGAGUUACAAGGGUCUUUUGCCAUAUUUCAAGAGGAGCGAGUCAGUCCAUGAUGCAGCAGCAAACCCAGAUCAAUACGGUUCCCAUGGUCCCAUGAAGGUGACUAGCAUUAGUGCAAGUGAUCCGAAAAGAAGAUAUCCGCUACGUGAGCCUAUUCUAAAAGCCGUGGGUACUAUUCAAUCUCGAUCAUAUAUCCCAAGAUAUCAAUGGAGAAUGUCUAGUUCCGUCGUUCACACCAUCUCCACUUCCGGAAUUGGCUACUUGUCGCCUAUUUGCCUCGGAAUGGAUCAACAGUAGAAAGUUACUGACACCCAGAUAUUUUAGUGGGCCGAAAUUGGGGUAGAGAAGAUUCCAACAAACACUAGCAAACUUGAUGGCUUAUCAGAAUUCCUGGAAAAUUUCGACGACGGUAUUCGCCAGCCGUCCCAUUUUGGCCUUCGACCUACCUGGUGUUCGUAUCAUUACUGAAAGUAUUGUACAUCGCAUAUUAUUCGAACAGACUCCAGACCAAAAUCCACGAGCCACAACUGUAGUGCUUGCGGAUGGUCGUCAUAUCAAAGCUCGUAAAGAGAUCAUAAUUUCUGCCGGUGCCGUAGGUUCACCACAGUUGCUACAGCUUCCCGAAGUAGGACCAGCUUCAGCGCUUAACCAUCAUUCUAUUCCAGUUGUUUUUGACUUGCCAGCUGUUGGUCAAAACCUCUUUGAGCACUUUGCAUCCUUCCAAAUUAUUAAGCUGCGCAACCCGGUGUGUGGACUCUCUCUUGGAAAUCCCAGUCUUUCGGAUCCAGCUUUUUUCAAGGGAAUGCCUGUCGAUUGGGGCGUCAAUGAAGCUUUACCCGCCGAGAUGCUCCAAAAGGCUCUUGCUGAUGAUGGGGAUCUGUCAGACGUGGAGAGACUGGGCGAAAUCGGUCGGAACCAUGUCGAAACUAUGAUAUUGUACAACCCACUUGCACCCGACGUAACUGUUUAUGGUAGUUUCGUUGGCACCUCGGUGAUGCUCCCUCUGCCAAAAUCUCGAGGCUCACUUGAACUGGCGUCUGCUUCACCCAAUGGCCCUCCUGUAAUUGCAGGGAAUUGCUUUUCCACGGCAACAGAUUGUGCGGUAAUAGUCUAUGGAGCUCGUCGACUACUGCAGUGUCUUACUGGCACUGAAAUUGGUAAAGAGUUUGUAGAAACUGAGGUUGGUCCUGGCCAAGGACUAGAACCCUUGACUGUGGAAAUUAGCGAUAAAGAUAUUGAAGACCGGGUUCGUAUCGUUGGUAAUCCACAUUUCUACAUCGCUGGAACUUGUGCAAUUGGAAAGGUGCUGGAUACCAAUUUACGCGUGAAGGGCAUUCAAGGACUGAGAGUCGUGGAUGCAAGCAUAUCCCGGCACCACUAGGAGGACACCCUCAAGCUUCAUUAUACGCGAUUGCGGAUCUGGCAGUAGAG